AUGUCACAUAUCGAUGCAGACGACGAUGAGGCUCUUUUUGAGGAUUUGUAUGGAGAUGAUGAACAAACAAAUACCAAGGAUCAAGUAGAAGGCACCUCAAGUGGAGUCGCAGACGAAAGAAGCAAGACAUCUGAAGAUGCAGAAAACAAAGAACAAGCACAAGAACAAGAACAAGAACCAGAACAAAAUCCAGAAAAAAGUGUUGGUGAAUCUACUCCGCAAGAAGCUGCUACGGAGCAUAAAGGUCUGACAAUUCCAUUACCUCCACCCACCACAUCAUCACAGGAUCAAACUCUGACACUGUCGGUUCUUCCACCUCCACCUCCACCACCACUUCAGGAUCCAUCUCAAGAUCCUUCUCAGGAUCCUUCUCAAUCGCAAAUACAACCUUUACCUGCAGGUGGAAUUGCACCACAGGCACCACCACAAUUUGCAUUUGAUCCAGCUCAAUUUGCUCAAUUUACUGGUAUGACUCAAAAUACGAAUCAAUUCCAAGGAGGUGCAAGUGCCGGUGGUCCUGCAAACAUGGUAUCUUCACCAGCUGUGUCAAUCACUCAACAGCAACAACAACAGCAACAGCAGCAGCAACAUGAAGUGAGUCGCGAUAGCGGAAAGAUGUUUAUUGGUGGAUUAAACUGGGAUACCACCGAGGAGGGCCUUGCCGAGCAUUUUAGAAAAUAUGGAGAAGUAGUUGACUACACGAUUAUGAAGGAUAAUGCUACAGGAAGGUCCAGAGGUUUUGGAUUCUUGACUUUCAAAGACCCGGCUUCGGUUGAUGCUGUAAUCAAGGAGGAACACAUUUUGGACGGCAAAUUGAUUGAUCCCAAGAGAGCAAUUGCUAGAGAGGACCAGGACAGAGUUGGUAAAAUCUUUGUAGGCGGUAUUGAUCCCAUGGUUACUGAACGGGAAUUUAAUGAAUUUUUUUCCAAAUUUGGAAGCAUCAUUGACUGUCAGUUAAUGAUUGACAAGGAUACAGGAAGAUCUCGAGGGUUUGGAUUUAUUACUUAUGACUCUCCUGAUGCUGUAGAUAAAGUAUGUGUUAACAAAUACUUGACUUUGAAAGGUAAGGCAAUGGAGGUUAAGCGUGCUGCACCAAGGGGUCAGCAUAACCAACAGGUUGCUAUGCAGCAACAGCAGCAGCAACAUCAGCAACAGCAGCAGCAUGGUCAACAGAAUCAACAUGGUCAACAUGGUCAACAGCAGUCACAACAACAAGCUGGCUUUUUUAACCCAUAUGGUGCACAACAGUUUGGACAGGCUUAUCCCCAAAUGCAAAUGAAUCCUGCUAUGAACCAGGAGUAUAUGCGUUACUAUCAGUGGUUCAUGUAUCAACAAGCACAGGCACAGGCACAGGCACAGCAAGGUGCCAGUGGUGCAGGUACUGAUGCUCAACCUGCUCAACAGCCUAUGAACCCGCAACAACAAAACGAGGAAACUGAAACGGGCGAUAACACGUCAAAUAAGGGGACUCCUUCUAGUUCUGAAAACCAUUCUCCAAAUCCAGACUCCGCAUCAAUGUCCAGUAGGCCCAACAUUCCAAGAGGACCAAAGAGACAACCACCAAGCGGUCCGAGAGGCGGCCGUGGUGGGUUUAGAAGAGGCGGAAGGGGUUUCCAUCCAUAUAGCAGAGGUGGCAGACGCUACUGA